AUGAAUCCUCAAGUGUCUAACCUAGUCAUCAUGUUGGUGAUGAUGCAAGUCUCGCGUCGUUUGGAUAUGGAGUCUCCAGACGUGAUCUUCUACGUCAGAGUCGCGUACUGUUCGUCCGUGUUCGCCGCAUGGGCCAUCUACCAGUACACCAGAGGAUUGAUCGUCAAGAAGAACGACUUGACCACAUUGAAGUUCGUGGCUCCUCCAAACGCCAUGGCUGGUGAGAGCGAGGGCAAGUUGCAGGUUACCACUGUCAGAGACUACGACUUGAAGGAGCUUGACGCUGCCGUCAAGUCGAUCUACACCGGUCUUGCCAUGAUGGGCUUCAUGCACUUGUACAUGAAGUACACUAACCCAUUGUUGAUGCAGAGCAUCUCGCCCAUCAAGUCUGCGCUCGAGCACAACGAGAUCAAGAUCCACUUGUUCGGCAAGCCUGCCACCGGCGACCUCAAGAGGCCAUUCAAGGCCCCAUCCUUGUUCGGUGGCUUUGGUGCCCAGCCAGAGGCUAAAACUGACAAGAAGUCCAUUGAGGAGGCUGAGAAGGCUGGUACUGGCGGUGUCAAGGCCGAGUAA